UCAACUUGGAAAAUCCCCGCUGGAUAUGAAGGGGUUAAUAUGCAGCGCCGACUGACAGCUGGGGGAAUCCCUCCUCAGAGCGUUACCUGGGAAAUCCACGUCAUUGCGUCACCUUACCGGAAAGGACAGAAAGGGGAAGAGAGACUCUUUCAGGAAACGCCAGUUGCAAACAAAUCAGACAGCGUUCGGUCCAGCAGCAGCAAAGCUGCGCUAGAGAACGUGGAAAAAGCAGCGCUGGUACAGCCAUAAAAAGCCUGGAGAAACGGCCGGUUUUUUACCUUGCAGUAUACCUAGCAGUUUACCACUUGCAACCCACUUACAACUGUACCCACAAUACCUACCUGCUACAACUUACCUGUACCUGUGAAAAUACAAAAAGAAAAGUAAAGAGGAGUUAAAGAAGGAAAACGGUGUGGUCAUUGCAUGAGUGGAACCCAGUUAAACCUCCUAUGGUCUGUACCAAUCCCUUUCAAGCAGGGAAGCUGCACAAACACUAGAUAGCUUGACAGUAGUUCCAAGGCUUCUGUUCCUUCUUCUGCGAAUCAUAGUGUGAAGAGGAAGGAAGUCUUUCAAUACUUUGUGGUGUCUGUUCAGCUAACUGCAUGAACUGGAACCACAGACUAGAUGUCAGACCAGCUUUCUGCUCUACAGAGUGUUCAAAUACCUCCCAGAACAACCGAGUGAGAGAGGAGAGGCCUCACUAUGGAUUUAAGAUCAGCAGCAAGAGGAUUUCUAGCUUUCCUUCUGUCAGUACCAGUGCUUCAGGGUAAUGAUGACUGGAGAGUUACUUACUCAUCUAGUAAUGUCUGUGCUUUAAGAGGAGCAAUGGUUGACAUCAACUGCACUUAUGAAUACCACAACAACGUACAGUACCACCCUAACACAGUCAGAACACUGUGGUUUACUAAAGGAGACAAGUAUCAGCCAGUUGAUCUGAAAAACGAUACAGACUAUACAGGUCGUGUUGAAUCCAGCUGUGGAGAGGUCAGCUGUACCGGGUCCAGAUGUCAUGGAACAUGUUCCCUGAGAAUCAAAGACCUGAGACAGAGUGACUCUGCUGUCUACAAGUUUAAGUUAACAACAAACCAACCAGGUGGGGAAUAUACUGAGGACCCUGGAGUGACGUUAUCUGUAACAGACCUCCAGGUGAAGGUGUCCUUUCUUUACCCUACCAAUCCUACCUGGACACAACUGGAGUGUCACAGUAUGUGUGGUCUAGCUGGUGGCCCUCGCUACAUCUGGAUCAGGAAUGGACAGAACGUAGAACAGGGAGGGAAGUCAAGUGACAACUUUCAGUCUGAAGGAAGCUAUUCAUGUGCUGUUGAAGGAUACAAACAACUCGGGUCUCCUUUAGUGUUGCUUCAGGGUAAUGGUGACUGGACAGUUACUUACUCAUCUAGUAAUGUCUGCGCUUUAAGUGGAGCAACGGUUGACUUCAGCUGCACUUAUGAAUACCCUGACAACGUACAGUACCUCCCUAACACAGUCAGAACACUGUGGUUUACUAAAGGAGACAAGUAUCAGCCAGUUGAUCUGGAACACGAUGCAGACUAUACAGGUCGUGUUGAAUCCAGCUGUGGAGAGGUCAGCUGUACCGGGUCCAGAUGUCAUGGAACAUGUUCCCUGAGAAUCAACGACCUGAGACAGAGUGACUCUGCUGUCUACAAGUUUAGGUUCACAACAAACCUACCAGGAGGGGAAUAUACUGGUGACCCUGGAGUGACGUUAUCUGUAACAGACCUCCAGGUGAAGGUGUCCUUUCCUGACCCUACCAUUCCUACCGGGGCAGAGCUGGAGUGUCACAGUAUGUGUGGCCUAGCUGGUGACCCUCCCUACAUCUGGUCCAGGAAUGGACAGAAUGUACUACAGGGAGUGAAAUACAGGACGUACAUUCAGUUUGGAGACAGCUUCUCAUGUGCUGUUGAAGGAUACGAACGUCUCCGCUCUCCUUUAGUGUACGCUCCAAGGACCCCCUCAGUGACCGUGAGUCCCUCUGGUGAAGUAAAGGAGGGCAGUUCAGUGACUCUGAGCUGCAGCAGUGAUGCCAACCCAGCAGCUACCUACACCUGGUUCAGGGUUAAUGCAGAUCAUUACUCCAGAGAGAUUAAGGAGGGACCACAUCUCAUCUUUAGCAGCAUCCUGUCUGCAGACUCUGGACAAUACUACUGUCUAGUUCAGACUGAGCUAAGGACAAAAUCUGAGUUGAUCUAUAUAACCGUGAAAUACGCUCCAAAGACCCCCUCAGUGACCGUGAGUCCCUCUGGUGAAAUAGAGGAGGGCAGUUCAGUGACUCUGCGCUGCAGCAGUGAUGCCAACCCAGCAGCUAACUACACCUGGUUCAAGGUUAAUAGAGAUGGUUCCUCCAGAAAGAAGAACCAGGGACCACAGCUCGUCUUUAGCUACAUCCUGUCUUCAGACUCUGGACAGUAUCGCUGUGAGGCUCAGAAUACGAUAGGGAAAAGAUCUGUCCACAACUCUAUUGAUGUUAAAUAUGGGCCUAAACACACAUUUUUGUCAUCAAGUCCCUCUGCUGAAAUAAAGGAGGGCAGUUCAGUGACUCUGAGCUGCAGCAGUGAUGCCAACCCAGCAGCUGAGUACACCUGGUUCAAGAACAACCAACCUCUGCUCUGGGAACCAAGUCAACCUCAUACCUUCCCCUCAGUCCGCCCUGAAGACAGAGGAACGUACCGCUGUCACGCAGAGAACAAAUAUGGACAUUUGAGCUCUAACUCGAUGUUCUUAAAUGGUACAUACGCUCCAAAGACCCCCUCAGUGACCGUGAGUCCCUCUGGUGAAAUAGAGGAGGGCAGUUCAGUGACUCUGAGCUGCAGCAGUGAUGCCAACCCAGCAGCUGAGUACACCUGGUUCAAGGAACAUGAAGACUCAGUGAAAGCAUCAGGACAGAACUACUCCAUCAUUAAUAUCACAUCUGAGCAUGGAGGAAACUAUUACUGCCAAGCACAUAAUGCAAUCGGACAUCAUAACUCCACAUUUUUGAUAAUUAAAGUGACAUCAUCAUCAUCAUCAUCAUCAUCAUCAUCAUCAUCAUCAUCCUCAUCAUCACAUCCAGCAAUGGUAGCUGUAACAACCAUUGUUGUCCUACUGGCCACCAUACUCCUCCUUGUCUUACUGUGGAUGAGAAGAAAGAGGGCCUCCAGUAAAGCAUGUGGAGAGGGAGGAAGGCCAGAUACCAUAGAGGAGCCACUACCAGGUCCUCUGUAUGAAAACGUUUCAGGUCUGACCAAUCGAUUGGCUCCUGCAGCACAGAGAGAACCAAUAGAAGAGCAGGAUGACCAUACCUAUGCCAGCAUCCACACCUCUCGCUCAGAGAACCAGGAAGUCCCUCGCUGUUGGGUUGGCUCUAAUGUCCAAUCAGACCAAGCAGUCUUUUAUUCUGUGGUCAACAUUAAGAGACUAAACGCUGGUCCUGGAGAGAGUGACCAGACAGAGGCGUCAGAAACCUCAGAGUUGUACAGCACCGUCAAAGUGGUCUAAGUAGAGUGACUCAUCCAUUUAGUUAAACAGGACAAUAUGCUUGCUGCAUUUAUUUUUGUUUAUUCGUUUUUUUAAAGUGACAGUGCACAUCAAUUGACAUUUUUAGUUUACACUCAAAAUGUUAUGUGCCAGAGUUAGCAAAUAGCUAAUUUUCAUCUGUUCAUCUGCAUAUCCUAUGGUGCUUAAUUACCUGGACUGAUACAUGAUCUGAUUAAUCUUGAUUUUAUUUGACUUACUAGAUUGUUUAUGUUCCACUUGUGAUGGCCCCAGUGAGGCCACAUUUUAUCCAAGGCCUCUUGCUCUUUUGGAUAUAGCUCUGCUUCAUCGCUACCACCUGCUGGUUACCAGGAUGUACUGCACCUGUGAGGGGUUGUCUUAACGAUACCAGCUGCUGGUUACCAGAAUGUACUGCAUCUGUGUGGGGAUGUCUUAAACGGUACCACCUGCUGUUUACCUGGAUGUACUGCAACUGUGAGGAGAGAUCUUAAAGGGACACUGUGUAAAAAUUACUCCCAUCUAGUGUUACAAUUGUAUAUUGCAUUCAAACUAAUAGUGCUCGCUUGUUCAAAAACUACGGUGGGCAGUAUGUGCCAAGAAGCUGUGUCAUGACAUCCAAUACUACCUCAUCGAGUCAUUCGAGUGAUGAUGAGGUUCGUUAUUGCAAACAAAUUUCAAACUGCAUUUAAUCAUUAGUGUAAGCUAACGAUGUAUGAGUAAUUAUUCCUCGAGCAAGAUAGUGAAUUAUUUCAGUCAUCAUUCACGCUGGCUCAGAGUGAAAAUGUGUUUGCAUUUCCUGUACCAAAUAGUGCUUUUUGUCCCUCUCGGCAGUUCAUAGACCGGAAGAACAUGGAAGCCUCCAUGAAGCUUACUCGUCCUAUGUAACUACAUAUUAAUUAUCCUUCGCUCAGGAGGAAGAGUGAGAUUUUUGGCAGAGAUAAUUUUACACCAAUUAUUUAAGAAUGAAUACGUUGAUUUUAGGUAAUAAAUGACUUAAAAUAUUACACAGUGUCCCUUUAAGGGACAAUACCUGUCUGGGUUGGUUAGCUAACCAUCCUUGCCGUCUCCUGGCUGCACUAAAAAAAUAUUAUAUUUACAGAGGAUUGCCCCUGCUCAUUAUCUUUUUCCCCAUUUUAAUGAAACAAAAUUGUACAACAACUCUUUGCGGGACCCAAACAGAACAUUGCUCAACUGAUUCUGAAUAAAUUGCCUUUGCUUAGA